UCCUAAUUACUCUGCAUCGGAGAAGGCAACGAAGCUGGUUAUAAAGGGAGGCCUGGGGUUGACCUCGCCCUGGGUGCAGGGGAGAAAAAGAUGCCAGCGCGGUGGUACUGGUGUUUGGUGCUGAUGUUGCUGAUUCAGCUGGGAUGCUUCGCCCAGCCCUGGUCCCCUGCUUGGAGGGGCCUGAGUCGCGCCAACCCCGCUGGGGUGCACCCUGGCGCCCCCCUUUCGAGGGUGGCACCUCUUGGCUCUCACGCGGUGAAGGUGCGGUGUGACCCCUACCGCGUGGUGGUGACCGUCCACCGGGACUUGUUUGGCGUGGGCCGGCUGGUCGCCCCCACCGACCUGACCCUCGGGCUGACCCCUUGCCUCCCGGUCUCCUUCGACGCUGCCGCGGACGAGGUCCUUUUCGAAGCCGGCCUCCACCAGUGUGGCAGCUCCGUGCAGAUGACUCCAGACUGGCUGAUCUACCGGAUGAGCCUCUUCUACAGACCUUCCUUGGCUGCCAACCCGGUCGUCGUCCGAACCAACGCCGCGGAGGUGCCCAUUGAAUGCCGCUACCCCAGGAUGGACAACGUGAGCAGCCGGGCAGUCAAGCCCACCUGGGCGCCCUUCCGGUCUACGGUGUCGGCCGAAGCGAGGCUGGGCUUCUCCCUGCGCUUGAUGACGGAUGACUGGAGCGCCGAGAGAAGGUCCACCCGCUUCCAGCUCGGAGACCUCCUGCAUCUGCAAGCGGACCUCCGGGUGGAAAACCACCUGCCUCUGAGACUCUACGUGGACAGCUGCGUGGCGGUGGCGAGCCUUGAAAACCCUUCGGCACCCCAGUACGCCAUUGUGGAUUCUCAUGGGUGCCUCGUAGAUGGGAAAGCGAAAGGGGUCUCUUCCACCUUCCUCUCCCCACGGCCACGACAGGAGGUCCUGAGGUUCACCGUGGACGCUUUCAGGUUCGCUGGCAAUGCAGGGAAUCUGAUCUACCUUAAGUGCCACCUGAAAGUGACGCCAGCGGAACAAGUCCCGGACGCCUCGAACAAAGCUUGUUCGUUCAGGGCGGCCAGCGGCGCCUGGCUUCCUGUCGAGGGAUCCGGAGACAUUUGCAACUGUUGUGAGACAAGGGACUGCAGUGGAGGGACGUUGGGGGAGCAGCCACGGGGCAUCGUCAGCCCCAGACACCAGCCCUGGGAGAUCAGUGGGCAAAGAAGCCUGACAGUGGAGACAGACCGUCACGAGGCCCGCUUGGCCCUGGGACCCAUUGCCAUCUUUGAUUCCCUGGAGCGCGUCAGGCAAGUUCCUGGAGACGCAGCGGACGAGGAAGAGAUGGUGAUGGAAGAAGGAUUCCUGCCGGUGAUUGAGUCUCAGGCGGAGGCAACUGGACCCUUGUUUCCCUUCAGAGAGCAUGAAAGAUCAACCAGCAUCUCAGAGGAUGAAAAGGAUAAACCCACACUGCCGUUGGAAAUCUACCUCAGGGCAGGCCCCUUCUUCGUCAGCAGAGGAGAAGAAGGCUCUGGAUUCGGGGAACAAGCCGAAGCAGCACUGGCAGAUGAACACACACCGUUGGACCCCAAGGCAGAUUUGGCCUCCCGGUCCUUGGAAAAUGCUGCCACCUCCCGCCCUCCCGGGGAACUGCCAGUGGAAGCCGUCAACCUGGCAGCAAAAGGUCCAGAGCAGCCGCCGGGUGUGACGGUGGGCUUCUCCGUGCUGAUGGCUGGGGUCAUCGUAGCCUUCCUGGCUUUAGCAGUUUUUCGCCUGACCAAAAGAUGCCGUCGCAACCCCUCGGCCCCUUGCCCCUCUUCCCUCAGCACAGAGCUUUAAAUUCUGUGGACCGAACAUACUUCAGUCAAGUAAAAUUAAAAUAAAGACUGCUCUGAAAGUCCC